AUGGCUUUCAAAAUACACCCUUCCAUAAUAUCUCGCAGUUGCAAACAACAAGCUGAACUUGGCUUCCCUCGCAGCUUGAGUUAUAUCAAUGACCUUUACAAGAACGUGCAAUUGGCAGAAGGCUUUGGCGGCCAUGGAGCGAGGUUGCACAAAGACCAACGGAGACCGUGCAAACUCUUAAGAACAGAGACCGCUUUGGGCAAAAGCUGUGACCCGGAGCUGCGUCCGAUUAUACGCCGCAGAACGAAGUCUCUACCCAGCUCCCCGGAGAGGAAAAUCGCUGCCAAAUGUCGACCCCAAUGCCAUAAAGUCCGAUUUGCAGACUCUCUUGGUUUGGAGCUGGCAGAGGUAAAGGUUUUCAAUGCUGGGGAUAACCCAUCUAUUCCACUGCACGUUCUCUCACGGCUCUCCAUCAACUCUGACUUGUGCUGCAGCCAGGAUUUGGAAGUGUCUCUCCAAUAUCUGGAGCCAGACUUCAAACAGCCAGGUGACUGCGAAGAUUUCUUGGACCGUCUGAGACAUUACUGCGUCUGCCUGGAGCACGUCACUAGUUCGGACGAAUUGGGGAUUUCUGGUACCGUUCGAGUUCUGAACUUAGCCUUUGAAAAAAAGGUGACGGUCAGGUAUUCAUUCACCAACUGGAAAACCCAUUCUGAAACCCUUGCAGUUUGGCAAAAGAAUGAAGAAAAUGGUAUUCUCAACUCGGAUACAUUUGCUUUUACCAUCACGUUGCCACCUUUUGUCACACAAAUCUGCUCAGCGAUACAGUUUGCUAUAAAAUAUCAAGUGGCUGAUGAGGAAUACUGGGAUAACAAUCAGGGAAUUAACUAUACCUUCACAUCUAGAAGUCAUACGCUUAAAAUGCCAAAGGACAUUGAGCGAAGCUGGAUCCACUUUAUUUGA